ACCUGCGAUCUCUGUCUCCUUCCCUGGAGCUGCUAUCUCCUCCUUUUUGGACCUGCGAUCUCUGCCUUCCCUGGACCUGCCUUCUGAAAGCCAGCGCUGUGCUGUGGAUGCAGGUACCAGAUCAGCUUCUUGCCCAGGAAAAGAAGAGAAAGAAGGGUCCCCUCUGGAGUCCUGCUCCCAGCUUAAGCCUGCAGAGGACCAAGGCCUGUCCCAGACAACAAUGGCCCCUGGGAGGCGCAGAAUCCCACCCCAGGAGUUGGUGACAUUCCAGGAUGUGGACGUGGACUUCACCCUGGAGGAAUGGGGCCUCUUGGACCUUUCUCAGAAGGAGCUGUACAAGGAGGUCAUGCUGGAGAAUGCUCGGAACCUUCUUUUCUUGGGCUUGCCAGCUCCCAGAGACAUGAUUUCUCAUCUUGAGCAAAGGGAAGCACUGGGGGUGCUGGAGCAGGAAGUCCUGAGGAGCUGCUGCCCAGAAGGAGAGAUUACACUUGCCAUGAAAGAGCCUACUGCAAAGCUAAGCAUUGCUCUGGAAGGAACUCCCAAGCCAAGCUUCAUGAGUGAUAGGCCCCAAUACUUCACUAGGAGACAGACCUGUGUUAUACUUCACAGAAACCACACAGGAGAGAAAACUUAUGAUUAUCAUCAUGGGAAAGACUUGAGUCAGCAGUCAUUCUUUAUUAAGCAUCAAAAGCUUCACACUGAAAAGAGACCACCUGAGUGUCAUGAAUGUGGUAAAGCUUUCAGAGAACACUCAUCCUUCCUGAUACAUCAGAGAAUUCACACUGAGGAGAAACCUUAUGAAUGUAGUCAGUGUAAAAAGACUUUUGGACAGGAAUGCCGUCUUGCUGUACAUCAGAGAAUCCACACUGGAGAGAAGCCUUAUGAAUGUCAUCACUGUGGAAAGGCUUUCAGAUGCAACUCCAAACUUUCCCUACAUCAGAAAGUCCACACUGGAGAGAAACAGAAUGAAUGUAGUCAAUGUGGAAAGGGUUUCAGAAGCAGCUACACUCUUGCUGUCCAUCAGAGAAUCCACACUGGAGAGAAGCCUUAUGAAUGUGAUCAAUGUGGAAAGACUUUUAGAUGUAACUCCAGUCUUCUAGUACAUCAGAGAAGUCACACCGGAGAAAAACCAUAUGAAUGUAUUCAAUGUGGAAAGAAUUUUCGACAGUACAACAGAUUCGCUGAUCAUCAGAGAAUCCAUACUGGAGAGAAACCAUAUAAAUGCCAGCAGUGUGCAAAAACUUUUAGAAGAAGUUGUGGUCUAGCUAAACAUCAGAGAAGCCACACGGGAGAGAAACCUUAUGAAUGUCAUCAGUGUGGAAAGGCCUUUUCACAGAGAUCCAAUCUUGCUUUACAUCAAAGAAUCCAUACUGGGGAGAAGCCUUAUGAAUGUGUUCAGUGUGGAAAGAAUUUCCGACAAUAUAACAAAUUGGCUGAACAUCAGAGAAUCCACAUUAGAGAGAACCUUAUGAAUGUAAUCAAUGUGGAAAGACUUUUCUAGAGGACCAGUCUUGCUGUACACUAGAAAACCCACACUGGAGAGAAAUCUUAUGAAUGUAUUUAAUGUGGAAAGGGGCUCAUAUGGCACUCCAUCUUACUCAUCACCAGAGAAUCCACACUUGUGAAAAACUUUAGGAAUAUGUUCAGUGCAGAAAGAAUUUCCAGCACUACAAUCAAUUUACUGAACAUCAGAAAAUCCAUAAUGGGGAGAAACCUUAUGAAUGUAAUCAGUGUGGAAAGGCUUUUCCCACAGAAGACCAAUCUUAGUGUACAUCAGAGAACCCCACUGGAGAGGAACCUUAUUAAUCUAUGUGGAAAGAUUUUCAUAUGGUGCUCCCAUCUUACUCUUCAUCAGAGAAGUCACACUGGAGAGAAAAUUUAUAAGUGUCUAGAAUAAAGCUUUUAACAUAUACUCUUACAGGUAAACAAAAGAGAAUAAAUAUUAGAAGACAAACCCCUUUAAUAGAAUUGAUAUGGAAAAUCAUUCAAGCUUAAUUCUCAUCAGAAAAUACAUAGGAGGUAGAAAUCACCUCCCUAUAAUGAACAUAAAAAAGUAUAUAAACGGAGUACAGAGCUUGUUAGAUAUCAAAAAAUUCAUCUUAUAUGAAUUCAAUGUAAAAAGAUCUACAUCUCUUCCUUUACAUCAAGAAUUCAUACUAGAGGGAGGACUUCUGAAUGUGUCCAAUCAGGACCUGUUUUUCCCUGGAAGAUGGAAGUCACUAGACAUCAAAAUAUUCACUAAGGAAAGAAGUUUUUAUAAAUGUGGCAAGACCUUCACUUGGUGUGUGUGUGCGUGUGUGUGUGUGUGUGUG